AUGUAUAUGAGUAACGCCGUUUACGACGUCUUCAGAUGCUGCGUGUGAGUUUCCGUGUGUUCAUGAGAGGUCGUUUUAGUUUGCGGUUGGGAAUUUCUCGAAAAUUGGCCAGAAUGCUCUAUGAUGUACCAGAAAGUCCUGAAAGUCUCAACUUGCAAAACUUCCCAAUUUUUAAGAAAAUCCAAUAAAACGUCAAAAAAUCCCCCCAAACGCUCUUCUGGGGCUUAUUUCUCAAAAUAGGAAUUUGUGCAGGUUGAAGCUUUCAGAAUACUUUUCUGGUACAUCAAAGAGUGUUCUGGCCAACUUUCAUGAGAAUCCCAACCAAAAAGUGAAGUGACUAUCUUGUCAAGAUUUUUGACCUGGUAUUUUUCAAAUCCUAGUCGUUUAAAGUUUUGGAACGGCUAGAAAUCACUCUUGCCAAUUUUUGGCUUCAAAGAAAAAGUUCGUUACGUACUUAAUUGUGAAACCCCUACGAAAUUCUUUUUAUAAGGCUUCUUUUUUCGUCUUUUCUUCUACUGCAGACCAGAUUUCAUAUCCUUCUUUUCAAAAUAACUGGGCGGAGUCUUAAUUUUACCUACUAAGGUUUAGGUUUUUUUGUAAUCAUUUUCUCUACAGAUCGGCGACUUUUGAUCCUCAUAGCGUACUAGGAAACGUUUUUUUACCCCCUCCCUAACACUGUAAGCUUUUUGAAGCGUCUUAACUCGAAAAAAAAAAUUUACUACGACAUUUUUUUUUUGGUAAAAGAACUUUUCGUUUAUUUCUUGUCUUUUUCUCUCUCUGAGUGUUUACUCGUCGCUCUCUUUUCGAGACUCACCUAAAAACCAAACUGAGAAUCUUGAGGAGAAGAGGCGCAAGAUCUGGGCGCAGCUUCACAAUUCAAUUUGUUCGUCCAGUUGAUGAAAACGGCCAUUUUCUGCCGACUUAUUUUAGUUUGAACAUAUUUGUCCAGCUCAGCCCCAUUAUUUUCCAAUUUUUUUUUCUUACUCUGUGGUCCCCUUUUGAAGUUCAAAUUGGCUCACGGGAACCAAAAAUCAAACCUAGUCGCGAGGAAAUAGAAUAGAAGGUUCUGGAAGACAUUUUUAUUUUCCGAUUUCAUGAAACUUCCCAUUUUGCAAACCGCUUACAACUUCUUUGGAUAACUUUCAUUAAGAAAAAGAACGCUUGGGGGCAUGAAACGUGCCAUUUCGAAAACGAACCUCAAGAGCCCAGGAGCUGCCCUUUCUAACUCGGAUGAUAUAACAUUUGGCCUUCGCCCUGAUUCAAAAAUUUUUACUUUUGGAAAUUCAGUUGAUGUUUUCUCUAACGAAAGUUGCGGUGCACCCCGCAUCCAACUCUCGGUGCAACUUUUUAUUUCCGACCAGUUGUUCCAGGGGUGCACGCCAUCCAGGCCCAACGCGGGGUGCACCGGAAAAAUGAACGAAAAGUUCAUUUUUUUUUUUUGGGCGUAGACCCUCAAUUUUGUUAGAGAAUCCAAAUACUAAGACCUUGGUAACGCGAACGGGACGCGUAUCGGACGUGUCGGGGCAUUUCUAGUGACCACUUUAGUAGCCUCAGAACUCUUAAGUGAUCCCUAGAAUCACUCAGAAACGUCCGGAGCACGUCCGUUUCGCAUUACCAAUGCCCGAGUAAGAUCUGGAGUAUAGUCCGUUUUUCGCGACAGGGUGGAACUUCUCUGCGCCCUCCUCGUCUCUCGACGACCCUCUCUUGUUGACGCGCUAUUUUUACGUUUCUGUGACCUCACCGGUGAGGGAACAGAGAGACGCAGACACGCGAAAACUGUAAAGCGGACGAACUUUAUCGCAUGGAUUUUAAUUCAUGAAUUUUCCUUGUAUGUUUUUCAAUUUUCAAAUGGUUUAGUCGAAACUGGGUGAAAGGCGCCUGCUUUGAGAAGCCGCAAAAUCUAAAUUUAAUCAAAAUUUUUGCGCUAGUUCUUUGCCUGCCCAGACGAGAUUGUCAUGCGGUUUUGGCCAUUUGCCCAUAUCUUACAGUUUUGUUUUUCCUAGGAAGAGAAGUGAACGUCAACAAGCUCUGCAGCAAUGCAUAUGAAAUACGAAAUCUCUUCUGGCGAAAAUACUUUGAGGAAUUCGGGUACUCUAGGGAACCUUCUCCCACAAAUGCGUUCUCACUUCUCCUCGACUCACUUUGAUCCAAAUCUUUUAGUUUUCGUGUAAUUUUGGCUUGAAAAUUGAGAUUAAUAUUCCAUUAUAGUUAUUUAUAAUCUUACAUUAAAUUAAUCCUCUUCUAAUUGAAAUGUGAUUGUUCUCGGGAUAUUCAUUCUUCAUAAAAGAGCCCAUGGAAUUAAUAUAAGUGAAGGAGAAUUAAGCUAAUGAGAGAAAUAUUAUAUUAUAUCUAAUCGUUUCCAUUGCCUAAUUUCACUCUGGUUUCACAACCUCCCAGUUCAAAGAGGCAGUAAAAAAAUGGUGUUUGAAAAAAAAGUGCAUUUUUUAAAGCUCUUUAUUGCCUGUCGAGCGGUAUACUUGAAAAUUAAGAGAAGUUCUUAGUUUGAAAAAAAAAUUUUUUCAAAAUCGGAAAGAAAAUAACUUUGAGUUCCCGCCAAAAGAGCGUUUUGCAGUAAAGUUGCUCUAUGGAUAACCCUUCACCAUUUUUCGAAUUUUUGUCUUUUUCAUCGUUUCUUUUUAAUUCAAAUUUUUUCUCUUGCCACCAGUUUGUCAUAAAAUGUUUCUUUUCCACUAUAAUUUGCAAAAUUUGAUCGAAAAAUUCUUCACGGGUGAAAAAUGACGAUUUUACACAGAAUUCGGUUGGGAUAGCGAUAUUUUGGUUUCCUCUGUGUGUUUUUUGUUUGACUAAAUGUUUUUCUAAAGAAAGAAGCUUUGAUUUAAAGCAGGUAUCCAGUUAUUUCUCAUAAAAUACGACCCGUCCGCAACAUCGCGUGCACGGUUACUGUAAACAGUUUUCCUUACACCGAUCCAAAUUUCAAAAUUAAAUGGCGGGAAAAUAAAAUCACGUUUUUUUUCAAAAGUACUCAUAUUUGUGAUUUUUUGAGUAAACCGUUCGAUUCGCAAGGAAAAGCUUAACUAGAUACUACUUUCACCUCAAAUCCCGUUUUUUACUGCCUCUGUGCCUUUAAGUUCCCAGUCUUUCGAGUAGUUUCGAAAAUAUUCAGCUUCUCUAAUUUCUGUGCGGGUUUUCUCAACGGAUCGGUUCGUCCUUGGUUCCCAUGUCCUUCGGAAUGUUUCAUUUGCGUGAGAAUGAAGUUUACCGGAAUUUUUUCGUUUUCAUCGCGCAAUUUUCCUUUUUUAGAUCCAGAAAAUUAGUCUAGUUUUUAAAAAUUUUGAAUACAAAUUCAAAAAAUCUUAACUGAAAAAUAACUUUUAAAAAAUCUACGUUCCUAAUUGAAGCAUUAUCCGACGUCACAGAUGUUCUAAAAUUUUGACGCUGAGAUCUUUUUUUUUGGAAUUUCUGAGCGAGAGCAAGAUAUUCGGCGGAAUGUGAAGCUUUUGUUAUGUUUAUGAAUGUCUUCUGUUUCGCUGCUGGAGACAUUUCCUUUGUUGCUCGGAUGUCUAUAAAUAGCUCUGGGAAUAAACUUGCUUGCAGAGAUCCUACGAAUUGAGCCUUUUUGCUAAAGACUAAGCUCAGAUAUGUCAGUCUCUCUGAAGUUCCUGAUAGUACUAAUUGUCAGUCUCGGAAUAAAGCUGAAUGAGCUUCGGAAUUCCAGAGUAGUCCCUAUAGGGGCUUUGAAAGGUCCCUUCUAGGAUCACUUUACCAACUUCUAUAGAAGCUCCUAAAGCUUGCCUGCUUGCGGUCCCUAUAGGGGUUUUAUUUAGUGGUUUCUAUAGGGGACAUCCUAGUCGAUAGUUUUUAUGAGAUAUAUGCGAGAAACUUUUUUAAUAAAAUUGAAAGACCCCUAGAGGGACCACUUAAGCUUUAGAAGCCAAGGGGUCAGACGCGAAACCCCUAUAGAGACCACUUUUCCUGUCCCUAUUUUCAAACCAUGAGAUUUUGUUUCUUCCAGUCGUCGCCAUUCCUUGUAAACUGUCAAACUGAAAGUUGAACUUGCAGGAGGAUGCCGUCGGCGUCGCUGUCGAAGCUGCCGGCGGCGGCGCGUCAGUUUGUCUCCCACGUCUUCUCGCUUCUCUCGUCCUCGCAGACGACGUCCAGGUCCGUGUUAAGAAUGGGAAAAUGGCGACUACUAACCAAUUUUUCUGUCUGUCAUGACAUAGGCAAAGUCGGAAAGGGUGGAAAAAGGCUCCAUAGAAAUUUUCCUUUUAGGGUGACAAAGGUGCCUUUUACUGCCGUUUUGCGCCAUUUAAUCGGCUCUUGUGAACCAUUUUUGCAGCCUCUUCCUUCUUACACAGCAUUAGAAAAACUCCAAAAUAUUGGAUUAAUGCCAAUUUUUACACUCGGGCCAAGUCGGAAUGGUGGAUAAUGGCCGCUAAAAGUGAGAUAGGUCCAAAAAAGGCCGCAGAAAGGCAGAAAAAGAGUCCCAUUAUCGAGCCUUCCGUUUUUUUCUGGGAUUUUAAAGGCUCAAUAAAUGAUUGAAAAAGGAAGAAGCAGCAAAAAUGGUGCAUAAGAGCCGAUGAAAUGGCGCAAAAAGACAGGAAAAAAGGGACCUUUGUCACCCUAAAAGGAACAUUUCUAAAGCCUUUUUUCAACUUUUCGGAAUUUGCAUAUGCAUAUUAUUUUCCGCUAGCGUGUCAGGUGUGAAAGCUUCUUGGAAAGAAAAAUAUCGAGUCCUUUUUUGAGUGUUCCUCAUGAAUUUGACAGUAAACAAAUAAGGAAUCGAAGAAAAACCAGAGAUGGAAUCGCAACGAAGUUCUUGUGAGGAAAUCGGAAUAUUUACAAUUUUUCCUCAAGGAAAUUUGUCAAUAAUGAUUUGAAUAAAAAUCUUGAAGUCCGUUGUAUCUUUAGAUUGGCGUAUAUCCCUGUCCCGCACAAACCAAAAAGUCUCGAGAGACCCAUUUCCGAUGCUCUUUCCGUUCUCUUGCAACUCUUCCUUUUUCUCGCAAAUCUCCGCACUUUAGUUUUUUAGAAAUAUUAUUUUUUUAUCAAAACUCUUCUAAAAAAGUACAUAUUGUUGAACGUCAUUUCGAAUCAAACACAAUUGUUAUCAAAAAAUGAAAAAAUUGAACCUAUGAGUUUUUUUUUUGUAUACUGAGAUAUCCGUUUUCGAACAAACUCAUUGACUUUUUUUUUGUAAGAAACUUUCAAAUCUAUUUUAAAAUUCAUUUUUUUGUUGCCUUUUUCCGUCCUUUAAUCGGCCUUUAUCCACCCUUUUUUGACCCUUUUGCAAAACCAAAUUUUUUUUAAUUGAGAAUUCUCCUUGCCGGUGACUGUGUAUGAACCAAAAUGUGCUACAGUAAUACAAUCGGAAGUAAUCAAUGGCCGAGACUUUCACCACUUUUUUCACCCUUUUUUGAGACUUUUUAGCUCACCAAUGAGGGGGGUGGGCUAAAAAGUGAAUACAGGCUGAAUAAAGGCCGCAAAACGGAACCCUUUUAGCACCCGUUUUCCGCACUUUUGACUUUGGAAAAACCCGUUAAUUGUCCACAAGAGUUGGCGUAUAAAAAUAGACUUGAAAAAUACUCGAUGAAAUAAUAUUUGAGGAGAAUAUCGAUCUCAGGUUUUUGCUCUGAAACCCGGAAAACAAAAAUAAUGUCCAAUGAGGAUUGAGCCUAACAAAUCUGCUCGUUUUGCUUUGUUUGGGGUUCUUGUCGGCGAAUCGAAUGAGACGCAAAGAACAACGAAAAGCAGCGACAUUCGAUCCUUUUUCUCUUCUUGGACUCAUUUCAUCAGAUAAAUCCCGUUUUUUCUCGUACUAUAGUCGUUUUAUAGAAAUUCUCUACAAGUUUUUUUUUCUUGCCAAUAAGCAAUAUGAACGAAGACUGGAUAUAGAUGAAUAUAAGGCUAUGCAGCAAUUUCGAACGCAAUAGACUAGCUCAGCUGAAUAAAAUUUUUUUUUCCUUCAUUUUCGUCAGAGCGAACCUCUGAGUUGGUUGUAAAGUGAGUUUGUUUCUCGCAAAAUUCAAAUUUAAAGGUUACAUUUUGCUCACUAGAUUGCUUACUAGGGAACGUUUUUUACCCCCCAGUUGAACUUUUGAUGAAAUUUUGCUGAAGUGAACUUUAGGACCUCCGGAAUGCAAAACAAGAAAAAGGUUUCCGCAAUAGAUCUGGUUAUCGAGUUAGGACGCUUCUAAAGCUUGAAGUAGCUAAUUUUUGGCCUAAUUUGCGUAUUUGGCGGACUUUGAAGCUUUAUAAAUCGAAAAAAAGAUAAAAAAAGGUUCUCUAGUUAGCUUUGAACACCAGGUUGCUUCGAGAAAAAAAACUUCAAGCUCUCAAUAAAUAUUUUGGAACGAAAGUGUCAUUACUCAGGCAACGUCGUACUGGUGGAUUAUGGCCACUAAAAGGGAAAGGCUCAAAAAAAGCCGCAGAAAGGCAGCAAAAAGAGUCCCUUUGUUGAGCCUUUCCUUUUUUCUAGACCUUUUAAAGCUCAAGAAAUGGCGGAAAACCGGUGCAAAAGAGCCGAUAAAAGGCGCAAAAAGGAAGAAAAAAGGGACCAUUGUCACCCUACAAGGAACAUUUCUAUGGAAACCUUUCCCACCCCUUUUGACUUUGCCUAUGGGAAGCGGCUCGAAAUAUCUGCAAACUGGAACUCCAAAAUUUCUUUUUCUAUAUCUCACAUUGUCUUCUUCUGCAGUUUUCCCUGAUAAAAAUGAGAAUAAAACUCGAUUCCGAUAGCCAAAUUGCAGUUCGAACGAGAAGCGCGCCAAUUUCAGCACACCGCAAGCCAACCGCCGUAACAAGGUUAGCUCUUUUUUUUCCUCAUUUCAAAGGUGAUUUUUUCGCCUUCACGUGGAGAGACAUUGUUUUCAAAUGCACGCUUCUCAGCACAAUUUUUUUUUUCUGAACCCCUCCCAAAUUGCAAUUUGCAGCUCCCAGCUAAAAUUCUAUUUUAUAAACCAUCGCUUUUUCUAUAAUAUCAUAACUUUGAAUUCUCAUUAGUUCUUACAACAAACCAUUGUAAAAACUAUAGUGGCUUAAUGCAUAAAAGACUGCGAUAAAAAAGCUUGAAAAUCAAUUUUUGACAAACUUACGGAAUUUUAUAGCCUCUCAAUAAGUAAAAACGCCUCUUUAAAGGGCUAAAUUUCGUCUAUAAAUACAAAAAGGUUGUUUUUAUUCGAAUUUUUCCCAUUAAAAUCCAUUAUUUGAUAGUUUAACUCAAACUUUUCGAUAAGGAUGAAUUGAAAACGGUAUCAAAAAUGGAAAAAGCUCAAAUUUUCUCAAGCCCCUUUAAAUACGAUAAUUUUCUACCAAACUCUUCCGACUUUUUUUUUCACCACUACACUUUUUCAAAAAUUUUAAGCGAGUAUAAAUGCGUCAAUUAUUUUUGAUACAGAAAGCGCGUAAUUUUCAAAUUGCUUUAACGAAAAGUCACGCGCCUAAUUAUAAUAACUGCAGAACAAAAACAAAAACGCGAUCCUAUUCUCCGUACACGAAAUUAUAGGCUUACUCACUUUACCAAUGAGCUUAGAAAAGCUUUUUUUUUUAUUAAAAAAAAAUGAAAUUAGAUAAUUUUCAAGUUUUUCUUUCUCAUAUUUUAACACACGUUAUACGAUAAUUUCAAAUAACAGUUGGUACAAAAAUUUCCUAGUUGUUCCUUAAAGUCCUCCUUGAUAUAGUAGAUAUUGAACAAUCUUUUGAAUAUUUAGAACCAGAUUUUAAUAGGUCCCGCCCACUUUCAGACUUAGUGUUGAAAAAAUACUGUAAAAAAGAAACUUUUUUUCUUAGUGGAGCAAUAUGGUUCAAACCAACUUUAAAGCAAAAUAUGAACAUUUCCAGUAUUGGAACUGACCCGGAAAAAUGUUCUUUCAGAAGAAAAAUGGACGGUUUUCGCAGUUUUUGAGCCAUAACUAGUUCUGGAACUCCCGAACGCCUGGAUUUUCAUUUUUUUUUAAUCGACGCAUUAGGGUCUUGUAAGAAGAGAAAAAAUGUCUAGGAACUCUGUAUCCGGCUGAUAUAGUUGACCUCCAUCUCGGAGAACGCGGCCAACUUGAAAAUGUCUAAACUUAUAAAAAUCAGUUGAGAAGUUCCUUUUUGAAAAAUGCAAUUAUAGGAAAAGCAGAAAUAAUAUAUUUCAUUCAGAAUCUUAUCCACGUUUGCAGGUUAGAAAUCCAUAAAAUUUCAUACAUACUGCCUCUGGUUAAUGAACUACACGCCUUCCCUCUAAAGGAGACGUGAUUUCAGAUUGACAAGUUGAGAUGCAAACAAAAAGUAGUGUUUUGAAGGUGACUGGUGGUUUGGUCUCAUGAUUGGUUCAUAAUUCUGCCCGACUGCAUUUUUAACAAGCUUUAUUUUGAAAUUGCUUUCGCCGACCGGCUCAUAAUCUUUUUCGUUGACCAAAUUAUUCGAUUCUCGCAUUCGGUUAUAUCGAAGAUUUUAUUAUUAUUUUUUAUUUUAUAUUCAUGAGCUGGCUCCCAAAGAUUGAUCGAGAAAAAGGCUUCAGACCAUUUCAAAGCUUUUAUUCGAAAAAUUUAUGGAUCCAAAAUGUAUUUUUUAUAGCAAAUAUGAUCUGAAGACAACGCUCAAGAAUGAAUGUCCUUUUGAAAUUGUGAACUGACUAGGGAACGUUUUUUACCCUGGGUGAAUUCUGAUGAAACUUUCUGAAGUGUACUUUAGGACCUCUUGAUUGCAGAAUAAGCAAAAAUAAUUUCCGUAAUAGAUCUGGUUUUCGAUUUAUAAAGCUUCAAAGUCCGCAAAAUACGCAUAUUAUGACAACUUCAAGCUUUCCAAGCGUCUCAACUCGAAAACAAGAUCUAUUGCGAGAACUUUUUUCUUUUUCUGCUAUCAGGAGGUCCUAAAGUACACUUCAACGAAGUUUCAUCGAAAAAGUUUCCCAGUAAGAACGAAUCGACACAUUCAUUCUUAAAAAGCCGACCUAAUAUAAGGAGGAAAAAAAAGAAAAGAAAAAAGCUUCAAAACGAAAGACUGAAGAGCCAAUAAAAAGAUCCAUUAGCGAGAAUAGGUGGAAAAAGAGCUAGAAAGGAGCUUUUCGCAUGUUUUUAGACACGUUUCAAGAAAUUUGCUUCUUCUACUUGAGGCUUUUUAGAGAUGUUCAAAGCGUCUUCCUUUUUUAUAGCGUUUUUUUAAAAUUUGUCUAUGACUAUUUGUGAAGAACCUCUAACAUCCAGCUUCUUAUUCAAACACGGUAUUAUUUCGAAAUAACUGAUAUCGGUUUUUGUUGUCUGAUCGUCUAAAUUAUUUUUUGAAGUCCCGGAAUAAGCAACUGAGGUUCCGAUAGUGCGAUGCCGUCUUCCUGGUGCAGCUCAAUCUGGGGAAUGAAACGGGCUCUCAGCAGUUUCGUGUGCUCUUUUGUCCACAAGGCACGACUGCAUUUACCUCAUUGCUUGCUCCAAUUUGGAACAAUGAACAGUGAUGGAUAUGGGAGAGUAGAAAUAGAGUCAACAAAACAAAGUGCAUUGCACUCUGUUCUUUCUGCUUGGCGCAGACAUUUUUUAAUUUGUAUUUCUUUGCAAAAAAGUCUGUGUUUAGGUCGAAGAUCGAAGAAUGAGCGAGAACUCGGGUUCAAACGUAAUUGUGGUGAGUCGAAUGAUGUAGGCUUCAAACACCUAGUUUUUCAGCAAAUCCACACCAAGUCCAUCGAGAAGUGGGAGCCAAAUGUUCGUGAAAAGGUUGGGUUAAUGAUUUGAAAGUUUUUUUUCACUAGGAAAAACUAUCAAUUAUAAACGCCGUCCUUUGACACGAACUCCUUGCUUUCUUCCCAUUAAUUUCUCAGUCAACUGCUGUUUAUGACUUUGAAGAUAGAAUUAAUUUGGUCGUUAAACAAUUCGCUCCGCUUGAAUGAAGUCUUAUAAUCAAAGACUGUGGCGAAUAAUAUAGUUCGUCCGUCGCGACUUGACAGUUUUCGAGUGUCUGCGUCUCUCUGUUCCCUCACCGGCGAGGUCAGAGAAACAUGGAAAUAGCACAUAAACAUGAGAGGGUCGCCGAGAGACAAGGAGGGCGCAGAGAAGUUUUGCGAGUCGUGGAUGACGGACUAUAAAAUGCAUUUAGCUUUUUUUUUUCUGGAGUUAGAGCUAAUGUAAAGGAAAAAAACAUAUAGAGCGAGCUUUUCUCGCAAAGCAAAACAUCACUGAUCAGGAACUACUGCGGCGAACAUGGAGCGAUGAGUUCGACUUUUUGUACGAUCUGGGCAGCGCGAUAUACUGCUACAUUUUCGAUCACAAUCCUCACUGUAAACAACUUUUCCCUUUCAUUGCCAACUACGAAGGCGACGCAUGGAAACAUUCGAAGGAGUUCCGGACACAAGCUCUCAAAUUCGUUCAAGUAAGUCCAUCACGAUUACAAUCAAAAAUUGUAAUAUCAGACGCUAGCCCACGUAGUGAAGAACAUUUAUCACAUGGAUCGAGUUGAGCCGUACCUUUACGCCAUCGGACAGAGGCACUGCCGAUUCGCGGAGCGAGGCUUCAAGCACGAGUACUGGGACAUUUUCCAAGUUCGUUCACUAACUGAGCUUUCAUCAUGAUAAACUGUAGAUAAUCAUUUGUUCAGGAUGCAAUGGAACACGCUCUUGAAGCACGCAUGAAGUCUCUGACCAGCUUGGACAUCACAGAGAAAGAGGAAGCAGUGAAGGCAAGUGAAUAGAAAAACGAAUAACAAAAGGCGAACUUUUAACAAUUAGUCGUCAGUUAUUGCAUCAAUUUUGCGGAAAGUAUUUUUCAGACGAUUAGAAACAAUUACUGAUAAAAAGUAACAAGGAGAAGAAUCGGAGUUUUAAAAAGAGAUACAUACCUUAGGAAUUCCAGAGUAGGUUCUAUAUGGGUUAGGAGGAAAAACAGCCCAUGGGUCGAAAAAGUGGACCCUAGAGCGAUAAAAUCGAGGUGGUCCCUAUAGGGGUUCAGGGUCUGACCCUUUAGUCUCUGAAGCUUAAGUAGACCCUAUAAGGGUAUUUCAACUUCAUUCAAAAAACGCUGAUCCAUUUGAUUUUUCGCAUGGAAAUGCUUCUUCGCCUGAAGUUCAUAACAGUUAUCGAUUAGCACAAAAACCCCUAUAGGGGUUGGUAAAGUGGUCCCUGGAGGGGCAUUCUAAGGGUUUUCAAGGUUGUCCCUAUAGAGACCACUCUGGAGUUUCUAAGGAUGUCACCGAUGAAAAAAUAUUUUGGCGUUGUUUUUUUCGGAUCUCAAAAGCGAACCGCUGUUUUGUUCCACAAUUUUUCACAACUGUCCCUUUUAGCCGAUGAGGUCAACUUCGAAACUUGCAGGUUUGGCGAACUUUGGCUCUCUACACGGUGGUACACAUGCGCGCUGGGUACCUAGAUGGCCUACAAGGCAUCAACAGAUUUCCGCCGCUCGUCUGA